UUUUCCAAUCCAAAUUCGGACAGUUAAGAUUUUCUGGGAAGGGCCCACUAAUUACAACAAACCCUAUUAGAAAGAUAAUCCCAAUUUCAAUCCCCGCGUAAUUAAAGUUAAUGAUAGGAAACUGUAGUGGGGGUUUAGCCGUCUUAGGGUUUUGGAUUUCCAUAAUUUUCUCUGAUUUAGGUUUUUGAGGCGGCGACCAUAUAUAUUCACUUGUAUAUAUAAUCACUCUUCUUGGUUUAUUAUUAGUAUUAUUUUCUCAAAUCAAAAUUUGUUAUACAUACCAAUCUGCAAGAUUUAUUUGUUUGAAAUUUGUUUGAAAUUGGGGAAUUGAUUCGAUCAAGGUUGGUUUUCUCUUGCUCCACUUUAUAUUCAAUAAUCCAAUCUUCAUCAACCUUUCUGUUAUUGGAAUUCCUCUUUCCGCCUAUUGUUUUCAGAUUCAGAUGAUUAUUUCUGGCUGUUUGAAUUUUGACUCUUUCAUUCCAUUGAACUGGCACUUGCAUGUUAAUAAUCUCUUCAUUCUAUUCUGUUAGCAUUUUUUUAAAAUUUAAUUCUUAUGGUUUUCGUUUUCAUUUGGAUUUGAUUGGUUCAAAUGUGAAAAAAAAAUCGAAUCUUGAUUAAAAAAAUUCUCUUUUCAGAAUUGGCUGCUACUGAGAUCACCAAAAGAAGCAGAAUGAGUUUUCCAGAUCCCACACAACCACCAAAUCCGUUCGUAUCUCCGCCGUACUCCGGCGGCGACGCCGCCACAUACUGGCCGCAGUUCUGGGCCGGCUCCGACCAGCACCAAAUGCAGCAGCAUCCCGAUAUGAUGCAACAAUUCCACCAAUCCAAAAAGCCAAGAACUUCUGAAAAAGCACCAAAUUUCCCACCAUUCCAACCAAUGAAUCAAAGAAUCAACCAAACAAACCCUCCCAUCAUCAACAAAGGGACAAGCAACAUAUUCUACAAAACUCGAAUUUGUGCCAAAUUCACGGAGGGAACUUGCAGGAACGGUGACCAAUGCACAUUCGCUCAUGGCCCUGAGGAUCUGCGUGAGCCGCCUCCUAAUUGGCAGGAGAUAAUCAGGGAGAAGGAGAGGGGAAACGGUGGUGGCGGUUGGGGAGAUGAUCAGAGGAUGAUACAUAGGAUGAAGAUAUGUAAGAAGUAUUACAAUGGGGAGGAGUGUCCUUAUGGGGACAAAUGCAAUUUCUUGCACGACCGCCCCUCGCCCUCCUUUAAUAAGCUCAAGGUUGAGAUGCCGGGGCAGAGGGAGAGCUCGGCUAUCAGCAUUGGCGUGACAGGGGACGUUAGGGGGAAUGCCGGUGAGCUUGAUCAGGCGUCGGGGUGGAAAAUGAAGAUUUGUAGUAGAUGGGAGAUGGGGCUGUGUAACUAUGGUGAAAGAUGCCAUUUUGCUCAUGGUAACUCAGAUUUGAGAUUUAGUGGUUCAAUCAAUGAGGGAGAGAUUGCAGCCACUACAAAUGCAGUUUCUGCACCAGGGAAAGUUGCCUCCGUUUCUGCAUUUCCGGCAAUGGAGGCAGCUGCUGCUCCGGUGGCUGGAGAGAAGAGGAUAUCGAAGUGGAAUGCGAAGAAGAAGAUCAACCGCAUUUACGCGGAUUGGCUCGAUGAUCUGACGCCGCCGCACCUCUCCCCGGAGGAUAGGAACUAAAAUCAUGUCUACAAAUAGAAGGGGUGAGGUUUUUCCACCCCUCUAUAAAUUUUGUUAGUACUCCAUUAUUUACUCUACCAUUGAUUGAUCUUUGAUUUGUAAUGUAGUAACAUUCAAAUAACAUAGGAAUGCAAUUUGUUCCUAAUUCAUUACUA